GCUCGAAAUUAUUAAACAAAAGACCGCCAAACGAGUCGGACGUGUGUGCUGCUGGAUGCUGGCGCUCUUUUCGCGUACCGUUUUUUCGAGUAAACAAAAACACACACGAAAAAAAGUAUUGUUAACACAAUUUUGUCUGUUCUAUUGUGCGGAAAUCGAGUGAGUGAGAAGGGGAGACAAACAGAAACCGCAAGCAGGCAAAAUCAACAAAAAGCGUGUGGGCAGAGGAAAACGAAAGGGGAAACUGUCAGUGUGUGUGUGUGUGAGUGAAAUAUGGAAAUUGAAAAUGCAAUUAAUCGCGCUUUAAUGGCAAGCCAUAGAAAUCGCUCAACGGUUUAGAGUGCAAGAGAAAAGUGCGGUCUUUGUUAUUGUUGUCAACACGGAAGGCCUAAAGCCAAAAGUCUGGAAAAAAAUAUAUCUACGUGUUUUUGUUUUUGCGUUUUUGCAACAACAAUGAGCCAUUAAGCGAAGUGCUGAAAUAGUCAAUUUACAAUUGGAGCCGCCGAGAAGUCUCUAUAUAAAAUAUAAACAUUUUGGUAUAUUUCCCUGGUAAAAAUGGAGGCAAAAAUCUCAGAAAUGGAAUAAAUCGUUGGAAAUUGCUAAAAAUAAAUAAAAUAAAAGAAAACAAACAAUAACUCAAGCUUAAAGGUGGAAACCAAAACAAAAACGAUUUUGUGGCCCAGUCGAACGUGGAAUUAACUUGACCCACAGAGGUGCCCCACACGAAAGAGAAAGAUAUAAAGCUUUAGAACGAGAGGGAGCGACAUACGAUGCGUGUGGUUGGGUGGCUCAGUGGUGGCUUAAUGCUCGCCCUGGCCGUAAUGUUAACGCAGGCACGUUUCAUUGCGAAAAGAGAAACCACCGGUUUGGAGCAGGCGGUGGCUUCCACAUCCACUGACCCUGACAUUCUUCCAGCGGCCAGGCAAAGUGGGAGUGGUGGGGAACUGGUUGAAAUAAAGGGAGAAUCAGAUAUGAUUGACUCACAAAACAUACUCGAAGAAAAGGGAGUAAUUAAGGCUGAAAGUCAAAAUGAAACUGAGAUCCUAACGGAAAGUCUGAAAGAGAAUCUCAACCUUAAGAAAACUACAGAGGGUUUGGUUCAAAAUGAGUCUAACAGCACCACCGAGGGAAUUUUAAGUGAAGGCCAACAUAAACUGAAAGAGGGGGAAGUUCAAUCAGAGAAAAAAACUCAACCGGUUCCCAUAAAAGAACUGACAGACAAGGAUACCCCAGCAGAAGCGGCUAAAGAAGAUUCCAACAAUAUAGCUGCGACUCAGGUGCAUAAAAACUCAACUUAUCCCGAAGAUCAUGUAUCUACAGAAGCUCCUGUAAGAGAAGUAACUACUGAGAAACAGAUCUUAAGCCCAACCACUGAAAAUAGUCCGCUAAGUGAAAAAACCGAGCAAAAGGAUAUGGCAAUAAAUAACCCCCUUCCAAAAGAAGAACCACAAGUUCAAUCUGAAGUAAAGAAGAACCCAUCUGAAUCUGUGACAGCAGAAAAUGCCAACAGCGCCGUGGAAGAACUCCCUAUAAAACCCGUAACCCUAGGUGUUUCAAGCACCACGGAGAGAUUGGUUAAUAUCACAUCCACCACUCGUUCCUCUGAUCAUGGUCGAUCCAUGCAGUAUUUAUCAACGACUGAAGGGUCUAACCGAUUCCCCGCUGCAGUUACGCCCAUGAAACUGAGGGCCAUACCCAUUCACCUUAGCACAACUGCACCUGCUAGCACCUCUUUAACCACAACUACUCCCAAGACAACCACAGCCAUAUCCUUUGCUUCCCAUGAGAAUGCCAUUGAGGAGUCUACUUCGCAGUCGGAGAUCCAUCAACUGCCCGAGAAGCGAGCCAAGUUCAUCAGCGAAAACUCCACGAAUGCCCAGCAAUUAACACUACCCAACACUGCUGAAGUUUGGAGUCUGGCGGGUAUGAAGGCGAUUCCCAAAGCCCCUCUAACGACCACAACCAUCUUGCCACUGCUUAACCACACUGAUCUGGCAAACGAUAUAGACGUACCGCUGAAUAAAACCGAGCAGCACAAGGAGAAGAAUCUCCUGGAUUGGAUGCAUAUUGCUAUGAUGCCAUCGGCACCAGAGAAUCGCACUGAAUUUGUGGUCAGAACCACUCUGGAUGCCACUGAGGGUGCUACACAGGCCACUACCGAAGCUUUGGAUGAAAAAGGUCCUUUAAAAAUUUCAAUAACCGCAGGAUUGGAACAAAAUGAAGUCACAACUGCCAGGCCAAUGCCAGUAACUACUGAGAAAAGUUCUAUGGAUCAUAAUAUAACAACCACAACUGUUGGCUCGGAACUUUUGGAGGUUCCUUUGGUGAAAAAGUUGGAUAAUUCAGCCAAUGCCAAGUUAACAGAGGCUAUUACAGAGGCUCAAAGUGAGAAAGAAGCAGCAACAGAGGCUGCAACAUUUGUGGCAUUAACAGAGAAACCUGCAACAUCACCUGUUACAGCGAGGGUGGAUUUAACAAAAGUGGAACUGUUGAAUAUAACAGCAGUAUCACAAUCAGCUGAAGUAUCUCAGCAAAAUUCAACAGAAACCUUAUUAACAACAACCAGUACAACCACCACAACAGUAGGUCCAUUAUCUGUAGAAUAUGUAUCGCCUGAAAUAAUCUUACAAGAAGCAACAACAGAAGAAACGACAGCAGCAAUACCAAAGGCAAGCACAGAGGCAGCAGCAACAUCAUCAACCACAGAGGCAGCAACAUCAUCAGCAUCAGCAGCAGCAACUACGAUUGCAGAAACAUCAGCAACAUCUGAAGGUACAACAGCAACACCAGCUGCAAUACCAUCAGCAACAUCUAGUGUUGCAACCACCCCCAGUCACAGUACAACUGAAAUGGCAAUGAAAGCCUCUGAAAUCAGCAACAUCAACAGCGGCAACAGCAGCAGCAACAACAUCGACGACGAUAACAGUAACGACGUCAUCGUUGCCACAACCAAAAUUCCAGAGAGCGAGCCGCCAGCAACAGCAACCGCUGAGCCAACAGCAACAUCGGUUAGUGUGCGACUGACUGGCGAGGUGAGCACUUCGAUACGGCCUGAAAUAAUCUUUAAAAGCACUCAAAACACUACCAUCGCAAGUACAACAAGUACAUCGACAACAACUAUAGCAACACCCACGCAAACGGAAAUUGCGCAAAUUAGCAAUGAAGUGAAUUUGGAGGCAGUGACAGUGAAGACGACAGUCGACAGUCUAAGUGCAAAUGUGAAUGUGAUUGCGAAUGAGCCAAGAACAGCUGAGAAAACCGAUAACGCGGUCAAUAACAGUGUGGCCAUAACAGAGAGCGAGCUGGAGGCUUUGAAAACCACCCCAGCGACAGGGGAACCCAAUCCACUCAGUGACCUGAGUAAACUGAGCAAAGAACACGAAUCCUCGCUGGAAACCAACAAUAUAGGCGAGGCACCAGCAACCGAAACAACAACGACAACAUCAGCGACAGCAGGUGUUGCUGUUGCAACGGAUGAGAGCACAGCGGCAACAGGUGGCCAGGAAAUCGAAAGGGAGAAGGAGCACCACCAUGAAGGGCAACAGGUGGUCGAAGAGCAGGACACCGAAGAGCAGUUAGCCAAGACAACGAUGGCGGUGACAACAACGACAACACCUAGUACCACAACACCCAUAACAACAUCAACAACAACCAGUAGCAGUACAACAACCACCACAACCGAAAGACUCUUGACCACUACAACAAUGCAACCGGUGGUGAUAAGUCUGCUGGAUGAUAGCACCACAUCCAGCACCACAACAACCACCACAGCUGCACCACCCCCACCCACAACCACAGAGGAAUAUGUGGAAUCCUCCACGGUGGUCAAAGCCACAAGCAGCAACAUUAUGCUGCCAGAGACCACCACCCAGCAACCCACCUUUAUGGCUCCCUAUCCCAACGAACUGGACCACAUGCAGACCAAUGCCCAAGGAAAUGGCACGGAUGUGAACGUAAUCAUAGCCAUCACAGUGAGCGUGAUUGGUGUGGUGGCCCUCAUUCUUUUGGUGGCUUUCCUCUACCUGAUGCGUAAGCGCCAGAAGCAAAUGUCCUAUGGUCAGAGGUGUCGUCCGGUGAGCCUGGAUGCCUACUCCUUGGAUAAUGUCUCCGUGCUGGGCAGUGUGCGGCGGAAGGGUCGCGAUGUGAGGGCCUCCAAGAGGACCUACGGUAAUGCCGCCUUCGAUGAUCCCUCGCUAAGGCACAACCUGCUGACCGCUGGAGAGCUGGCCCGCUUUGUAGAGCGGCGAUCUGAUGUUUUCGAGGAGUUCCGGGACGUCCCACAGAUCAUCGCCAGAGCGGAUGAGGUUCCUCCAGGUUGUGAAGAUAAAAACCGCUACGCCAACGUGAUUCCGCUUCCUGAGACGCGGGUGGUGCUCCAGCGGCAAGGCGACGAUGACAAAACGGAAUACAUUAAUGCCAAUUAUGUGCGGGGCCCCCGAGAUGCCCCCAAUUACUACAUAGCCUGCCAGGCGCCACUGGAGAGCACGACCAGUGAUUUCUGGCGCAUGAUCUGGGAGCAGCAGUCCCGCGUCAUCAUCCAGGCGACGGAUCUCAACGAGAACGGUAUCGAGAAGUGCGCCGAGUAUCUGCCUCCAUCGGCGACUCUGGACAAUCACAGCAGCUAUGGCGAUUAUCAGGUGACCCUGAAGCAUCGCGAGGUUAAGGACCGAUAUGCCAUCUCCACACUGGUUCUCAAGCGAGUGGAUGGCGAGGAGAGCCGCGAGCUCACCCACUACUGGUACAAAUGGCCAGAGGCGGGUGUUCCCGCCGAGGAGGCACCCAUCAUUGCCAUGCUGCUGGAGGCGCGCUCAUCCCUCAAGUCCUACUGCCUGGAGCAGGCCAACGAGCUGCGAGAGAAGUCUGCCACUCUGGAGACCUCCAUGGAUGCGAAUGGCACCAAGGCCGAGGCGGGCAGUACGUCCAGCCAGGAGAUAAAUGGAAACAUUUCAAGUAGGAGCGGUAUUCGAAACCAGCAGGGACCGCUAACCGUUCACUGUUCUCCAGGCACGGGACGCACCGGUACCAUUAUCGCCUCGGACAUGGCCAUCCGCAGUCUGGAGACGCCCAAGCGAUCCGUGGACAUCCCCCAGCUGGUCUACUAUGUACGGCGUGGUCGGGCCAGCGCGGUUCAGACCAAGGAGCAGUAUGAAUUUAUCUACAAGGUGGCCAGCAUGUAUGCGGCCAAGAUCACAAAUCUGUCCAACGACAACUAAAAAAAAAAGCCCCCAUCGAGUGGAAACCGAAUUUUCGAUUGAUUGAUUGAGAUCACCUUUCCAGCACUGAUCCGUGGGACCCUCAGUAACAAUAAUAGCUAUGUUUUAUACGAAAUAUUAGUGUAAAUUAGUAUUAUGCUUGAAUGUUGGCACCUGAUUAAGCGUCGUUAUAUGUCGGGCUUUAAAUAUCAUUUAAAAUGUAUGUAUUCCUUUAUUAUUGUGAUAUAAUCGUACAUUCGUAUAUCUCCUGAUAUUCUGUUGCAUAUUUAUAAUGUCAAUUUUUGUUUUUUGCACUGUCGCGUUUGAGUUCCGGGGCCAUACAAUCCGGAACAAAUGAGAAAUAUUUGGAGCUCUCCGUAUUGUAUUUUAAGAAAGUCAAACAUGUAAUCAAACUAUGAAUGUAUCUAUUUUAAACGAGCUUUAAUGUACGUAAGUUAUUUGUAAGCAAACACCAAGCUGUACUGUACUCAUAUUAUUGUGAAUUACAAGAAAAAAUAUGUUCAGUA